UCCCGCUCAAGUUCCUCACAGUUCAUCGCUGCACACCAAACUUACCACAUCAAGAGAUGUUGCGUCCUAGCCUGCUGGUGCUCGGGGUGGCGGUGUUGGUGGUACUGCACGCCUGUAUGACCACCGCGGCACCUCAAUAUCGUGGUGACGACGGCUAUGGUGGUGACGAUGGCUAUGGUGGUGACGACGGCUAUGGUGGUGACGAUGGCUAUGGUGGUGACGACGGCUAUGGUGGUGACGAUGGCUAUGGUGGUGAUGAUGGCUAUGGUGGUGAUGAUGGCUAUGGUGGUGAUGAUGGCUAUGGUGGUGACGACAGGCACGGCGACAAAGGUGAUGAUGGCGGCUAUUAUGGUAGAAAGUAAGGGAAUGCCGACACAAGCUCAGAUCACCAGACCGUCACGGAUUGCACCAAAACACCUGGACGAUUAUUCAGAAAGCGUUACCAGCCUUGAAACACUUGGAGAGAAAAGCCUUGUCUUGCUUUACUAAUUUGAAUUUAUUGGUUCGUGGAGAUUAAAUCAUUAAAGCCUU